AUGAUCAAGGCGAUCCUAAUCUUUAACAACCACGGGAAGCCACGGUUCUCCAAGUUCUACCAGCCCUACAGUGAAGAUACACAAUGGCAAAUCAUCAGGGAGACAUUCCAUUUGGUAUCUAAGAGAGAUGAAAAUGUUUGUAAUUUCCUAGAAGGAGGAUUAUUAAUUGGAGAAUCUGACAACAAACUGAUUUAUAGACAUUAUGCAACAUUAUAUUUUGUCUUCUGUGUGGAUUCUUCAGAAAGUGAACUUGGCAUUUUAGAUCUAAUUCAAGUAUUUGUGAAAACAUUAGACAAGUGUUUUGAAAACAUCUGUGAACUGGAUUUAAUUUUCCAUGUAGACAAGGUUCCCAAUAUUCUUGCAGAAAUGGUGAUGGGGGGAAUGGUAUUGGAGACCAACAUGAAUGAGAUUGUUACACAAAUUGAUGCACAAAAUAAACUGGAGAAAUCUGAGGCUGGCUUAGUGGGAGCUCCAGCCCGUGCUGUAUCAGCUGUAAAGAAUAUGAAUCUUCCUGAGAUCCCAAGAAAUAUUAACAUUGGUGACAUCAGUAUAAAAGUGCCAAACCUGCCCUCCUUUAAAUAAAAAAUUUAAAAGGCCACUCCCAGGUAAAAUCCAGGGGAAAAGUCAUCUAAGUUUACCAUGCAGUUGUUUACCAAAAAUAGAGGAGGAGAGUCUUAACUUUUGCUCUUGGAUUUAAGUCAAGGUACUGUAUAGAAGUUAUGUAAAAUCAG